AUGGGCCAAGGACACUCGAGCCCCCAACCGGGCACAAAGUUCCGUGUCAUUGGUGCCGGCAUGUCUCGAACUGGCACCAAGACCUUUGCACAGGCCUUGACGACGCUCAUCGGACCCGUUCAUGAUGGCGGCGCCGAGGGGCUUGUAGGGACCCCAGAGGUGCGGAAGCGGUGGCUUGAGGUCAUGCAGCUGGCGGCCAAGGAGGACAAGACCCUUCCCGAGAAGAAGCGCUUAGAGUGGCUUUUGGCCGAACUCAUGGAGGGAUAUUCUGGGACGGUUGACGCUCCGUGUAUCUGGCUGGUACCGGAGCUGCUUGAGCUAUAUCCGGAUGCCAUCGUCAUCGCAACGACCAGAGACACCGAGUCCUGGUGGAAGAGCGCGCAGACGGUCUCCAGCCUCGUCGACUGGCCAUGGCUGCCUUUCUUUGCCCGGCCGCUGCCAGUGCUGAACUCGUUCGUCAAAUGGGGCCCUCUCGUUGAGAAGACGUGCAUCUCACGCCUAGGCGUCAAGGGCUUCCAGGGCCCCGAGGUACUCGAGAAGCACGAGGCUUACCUGCGCCGGGUGGUGCCCCCGGAACGGCUAUUCUUCUACCGGGUUCGCGACGGCUGGGGUCCUCUGUGUGAGAUGCUCAAGCUGCCAGUGCCCUCGCAGCCGUUUCCGCAUAACAACAAGCCCGAGGACGUCAAGAUGGUCCGCCGGGUCGUGGUUGCGGCCGGCUCGGUGGCAUGGGGAAUCCUCCUCGGCGGUGCCAUUGCUGGCACCUGGUGUGCGUGGAGGCUGGGGCUGACAUUGUUGAGCAAAGUGGAAAAUGGGGAACUGGGAUUCGGAAAGUUACUUUGGUGA